AUGGGUGGCUUCAAAAAAGAGGCGAACCGCCGGGUUCGCGAUGGCACCGACAAGGGCGGCAGCAAUUUCAAGAUCAAGGGAGAAAACUUCUACCGCACCGCCAAGAAGGUCAAGCAGCUUAACAUCCUUAAAGAAGGAAAACCCCAGCGCAACGCAGAUGGCAAGAUUGUCAAGGCCGCCUCGUACCAGAGCCGCGACGUUCCCAGCGCGCGCGUCGAGCCCAACCGCAAGUGGUUCUCCAACAGCCGUGUCAUCAGCCAAGAGUCACUCAGCGCGUUCCGCGACGCCAUCGCUCAGAAGGAGAAGGACCCCUACACCGUCCUGCUUAAGAGCAACAAGUUGCCCAUGUCUUUGAUCCGCGAUGGCCAGGACAACAGGAUUAAUGGGCUCAAGCAGCACCAGGCCAAGAUGACGGUCGAGACGUCGCCGUUCGCCGAGGUGUUCGGGCCCAAGUCGUCGAGGAAGCGAGUCAAGCUGAGCGUGAGCAAUAUCGACGAGCUGGCGGACGAUACGGUUAAGAGCUUGGAGACAUACCAGGAGAAGCUGGAGGAGGCGAGGCUGCUGAGCGGUGAGCUUGGUGCUGAGCAGGCCGCGGCCGGCGACAUGCAUCGGGCAGGUGAGGCCGUGAUCACGACGGCCGUCGAGCCCAUCUUCUCCAAGGGCCAGUCCAAACGUAUAUGGAACGAGCUUUACAAGGUCAUUGAUUCUUCAGACGUCAUCCUGCAUGUCCUGGAUGCUCGUGAUCCUCUCGGAACACGAUGUCGGUCCGUGGAGAAGUAUCUGAAAGAGGAGGCUCCACACAAGCAUCUUGUCUUCAUCCUGAACAAGUGCGAUUUGGUCCCCGCCAAGGUUGCCGCUCAAUGGGUGAAAUAUCUGCAAAAGGACUAUCCCACAGCGGCGUUCCGCGCGUCCAUUAACAACCCAUUCGGCAAAGGAUCUCUGAUCAACCUGCUCCGGCAGUUCUCGAAACUCCAUGCCGAUAGGAAACAAGUAUCAGUGGGCUUGAUUGGGUACCCAAACACCGGAAAGUCGUCAAUCAUCAACACCCUUCGAGGCAAGAAGGUUGCGACAACGGCUCCGAUCCCGGGAGAGACAAAGGUGUGGCAGUAUGUGACACUGAUGAAGAGGAUCUACCUGAUCGACUGCCCUGGUAUCGUUCCGCAGAACCAUCACGACGCACCCAAAGAGUUGCUGCUGCGCGGCGUGGUGCGCGUUGAGAACGUGGAGCACCCAGAACAGUACAUACCUGCGGUACUGAACCGAGUGAAGAAGCAUCAUAUGGCGCGGACCUACAACAUCAGCGAUUGGAAUGACGACCACAUUCUGUUCUUGGAGACGCUUGCAAGAAAGGGAGGCCGGCUGCUGAAAGGUGGCGAGCCUGACGUCGACGGCGUUGCGAAGAUGGUUUUGAACGAUUUCAUGCGCGGAAAGAUACCCUGGUUUAUACCACCACCUGUUGAGAGCGACGGUACCGAGGGCGAAGAUGGUGCCGCGGAGGCUCACAAGAAGAGAAAGAGGGUCGUCGAGGAGGAUGUCGCAGAGGAGGAGCAGAACAAAGAGGAUGACGACGAGGAUGAUUCAGGGGAGGGCGCUGAGGAAGACGUGGGCAGCUCAGAAGAAGAAGCUGCCGCAGCUGGGGUGGAUGAGACAUUUCCGACGACUCCGACUCAGAAGUCGCAGAUGAUGAUAAAGAAGAGGCUGGAGGUGCUCCCUUGGUAG